AUGGACUCGAGAAAGACGAGUUCGCGGCUGCCGUCCCUCCGAGCCGUGGAGGAGGUGCUGCCGAUGUACGCGCCGCGAAUGCAGCUGGGGGCGGGCUCAUUCGGACGGGUGUUUCUGAUGGAGCACCGGCAGACGGGCGGAAAGGUAGCCGUUAAGACGCUGAAGAAGGAACGGAUAGUGGAGCUGGGGAUGCAGGAUAAGGUUCGGCGGGAGAUCAGCAUUCUGCUCCGCGUGCGUCAUCCCAACGUCAUCCGUCUCUACAACGUCGUCGAGACGCCCAAGUACAUCCUCCUGCUAAUGGAAUACGCCGAAAACGGUGAGCUAUUCGACUACAUCACGCAGCGCGGGCGCUUAACGGAGGGCGAGGCGCGGCGAAUCUUCCAGCAGAUCGUGGCGGGAGUGGAGUACUGCCACCGCCGCAUGGUGGUCCAUCGCGACCUCAAACCCGAGAAUAUCCUGCUCGACGCGUCGUGGACCGUCAAGAUCGCCGACUUCGGCCUCGGGAACCUCAUGACCGAAGGACAUUUUCUGCGGACGAGUUGUGGCUCGCCAAAUUACGCUGCGCCUGAGGUGGGUCUCUCUCUCCUGCCUGCCUCGCUGCUCCUAUCAGUCUACCCUCCCCUCUCCUCUCCCCUCUCCCCUCCCCUCUCCUCUCCCCUCUCCUCUCCCCUCCCCUCUACCCUCCUCUCUGCCCUCUCCUCUAUCCUCCCCACUCCCCUCCCCUCUCCCCUCCCCUCGUCCCUCCCUUCUCCCGUCCCGUCUCCCGUCCCCUCUCCCCCCUCCCUCCUCUCCCCGCGCCUCUCUCCUCAUUCAUGUUUCAGCCGUCGCACUCCACCGCUCACCCCGCAUUUGCUCCGUCUGCCGAUCAUCUCUCCCUCUGUAGAUUACCAACUUCAUUGCGGCCCGGAGGUGGACGUGUGGGGGUGCGGCGGCGUGCCACAUCCCAUACACUUAUCCACUGCUCUCUCAUCCGUCCCUCUCUCUGCCCGCAGGUCAUCACUGGUCGUUUCUACUUCCUCCCAGAGGUGGACGUGUGGGGUCAUCAGCGGCCGCUUCUACUGCGGCCCGGAGGUGGACGUGUGGGGGUGCGGCGUCGUGCUCUACACGCUCCUCUGCGGCCGCCUCCCCUUCGACGAGAAGUCCCACGUGGCGCUCUACCAGAAGAUUAAAGCCGGCGCCUAUUCCCGCCCCACGCACGUCACCCCCGCCGUGCAAGAUCUCCUAGCGCGUCUCCUAGUCGUCGAUCCUACCAUGCGCGCCACGAUCCCCGAGAUCCGACGGCAUCCGUGGUUCCUGCCGUGGUUCCUGCCGUCCGAUCUGAUCCGCCUGCAGGAGGACACGGCCGCCGGCCGGCCGGCGGCGCCGCUACAGCUGAACGCGACGGCGAUUUCGAACCUCCAGGCGGUGAGGGUGACGGGGGAGGGACGCGCGGUGCUGGCGGGGAAUUGGGUGCAAGAGGCCUUUGCGGCUAGGUUCGCUGGGGCAGGGGCAGCAGAAGGCGCUAUGGACGGAAGACGGGCAGCUAUUACAGCGGAUAUGGGGCAGGGCGAAUUGGACCCCUGCCGUUCCACUCUUUCAGGCCUCCCAUACUAG